CUCCCCCUAUUUGCAAAAUGAACUGCUUUACUGCUUCGAAGGCGAAUUGGCGAUGCUAUUCGCCGGCGAUUUCUCUCUACUCCUCCGAUUCCACUGUAUUAUUACACAAUCGGAGCAUCCGUUUCAUCGCCGGAAAUCGAAACUCCGGUAGAAUCAGAUGUAAUCUCAAAGAUACCGGUGGCAACAAUAACAAUCAGCCGGAAACAAGUACCGGAAUCCAGCUUUAUAGAGAUAUCGAAAGAUUACUUACAGAGACAGUGAAGCAAUCUCAAGAUUGGGGAAGUUCACAGGACUGGGAUGAAAUCGAGGGAGCAUGGGUAUUGAAACCAAAAACCUCAAAGCCGAAGUUAGUCGUACAUUUUGUUGGAGGUGUUUUUGUUGGGGCUGCUCCACAGCUUUCUUACCGCUUGUUCUUGGAGCGCCUCAGACAAAAGGAUGUCUUGGUGAUUGCUACACCUUAUGCUAGUGGAUUUGAUCAUUUCUACAUUGCAGAUGAAGUGCAGUUUAAGUUUGAUAGGUGCCUUAGGUUUCUCCAAGAAAGAGUAGAGGACCUUCCUAUAUUUGGCAUUGGGCACUCUUUAGGAUCUGUAAUUCACCUUUUGAUUGGAGCAAGGUAUGCUGUAAAAAGAAGUGGGAAUGUAUUGAUGGCUUUCAACAAUAAGGAUGCCAGCCUUGCAGUCCCAUUGUUCUCGUCUGUUCUUGUUCCAAUGAUGCAAAAUUUCGGACCAGUUUUAUCGCAGAUUGCAUCGUCACCAUCCAUUCGUCUUGGGGCAGAAAUGACUAUGAAGCAAAUAGAAAACCUUAGCCCCGCAAUUGUGAAGCAAGUUUUUCCACUUGUUGAGCAACUGACUCCUUUGUACAUGGACUUGAUUAAUGGAAAAGAAAAUUUUACUCCAAGACCAGAAGAAACUCAAAGACUGAUAAGGUCCUACUACGGGAUCUCAAGGAAUCUCUUAAUAAAGUUCAAAGAUGAUACAAUCGACGAAACUUCAACACUAGCUCAGGUGCUCAGCUCAGGUUCUGCCAUCAGUUCAAUGCUGGAUAUGUCUAUCCGCACUCUUCCUGGAGACCAUGCACUUCCUUUACAACAGGCUCUACCAAAUGUUCCUCCAGGAAUGACAGAUGCUGUUAAUAGGAGCAGCGAACUAUUGGCGAAUUUGACAGCAGGGACACCAUGGGAAAGUGUUACGAAGGAAGUCGGCAAUACACUUGGUAAUGUAGACUCUAUAAUUCUCAACUCUGGGAAUUCAAAGGACUUGGAUAUGCUCGUGGAGACGAUAACAUCGUGGAUGUACUCUAACUCAGGCCCCAGACUUUUACAGUGAUUUGCGAAAAUGUGAGUAUAUGAACUUCCCUAAAUGGUCCUGUAAAUUUGUAAUCAGCAUUUGUUAAUAUCAUAGAAACUUCUUUGGUUAAUGUAUAAAGUGAAUGAAUGAUACUUGGAUUUAUGGUAUAAAAGAAAAGGUCAAUUAUUUGUAUAAUUGAUUGAUAUUUCAUCA